CAAAAAACAGGCUGUUUCCUCAAAAAUGCUAUAGUCGAUACCGACUCAUUCCUACAAAAAUCACCUCAAGUUCAUCAUCAACACAGUACUGACUGACCAUCAAUGGCGGACAAACAACACCACCACUUCUUGUUCAUCACCUCCUCCCACCAAGGCCAUAUAAGCCCCACCCUCCACCUCGCCAGACACCUCGCAACCUCCACCGGCGCCGCUGUCACUUUCUCCACCACCGUCUUCGCCCACCGCCGCAUGUUCUCCUCCAACCAAGACUUGAUCAGCGAUGGUCUCAUCACCUUCAUCCCUUACUCCGAUGGCUACGACGACGGGUUCAAAAGUGAACCCUCUAUUUUCACCGACAAAUUCCACUCUUACGUGAGAACAAACAGCAAACGCAGCGUCUCCGAGAUCGUCGGAAACCACGCCGGAAGAGGCCAGCCAGUGACGUGCAUAAUCUAUACCAUCGUGUUAAACUGGGCAGUAGAAGUCGCCCGCGAGCAUGGCAUCCUUUCAGUCCUUUACUGGAUACAAACGAGCAGCGUGUUUGCAACCUACUACCACUUCUUUCAUGGCUUUGAGAGUCUCAUCAAAACGCAUAUCGACGACCUUUCGUUCACCGUCUCCUUUCCUGGGUUGCAGCCACUUCAAAUCAGAGACUUGCCGUCGUUUGUGAGAGUUACCAACUAUGAUAGCGCGGAUGGCUCGAUUCUCUGUUUGUUUAGAGAGAUGUUUGAGAUCUUGGAUGAAGAGAAAGAGAGGAUGAAGGCUAUGGUGUUGAUGAACACUUUUCAGGAAUGGGAAACUGAUGCUUUAGCUUCAUUCAAUGUUGAGAUUGAAGCCAUACCUGUUGGACUUUUACCAAAAGAGACCAAUUCCGGUGCUGGUUAUCUUUUCAAGGAGGAUGAGAAGAAGUAUAUGGAGUGGUUGGACACGAAGGAGGAUGGAUCAGUAGUGUAUAUAUCAUUUGGAACUAUGGUAGAGAUGAAGAAGGAGCAGAUAAAGGAGAUGGUUAAAGGGUUGAAGGAGAGCAAGAGACCAUAUUUAUGGGUUGUGAGAAAGGAUAACAGAGAGGAAGAACUACUUGAGAUUGAAGGAGGAGGAGAUGGGAUGGUGGUGGAGUGGUGCUCACAAGUGAGAGUGUUGGCUCACAAGGCAGUUGGAUGUAUUGUGACACACUGUGGAUGGAACUCAACAUUGGAGAGCUUGGCGUGCGGAGUGCCAAUGGUGUGCGUGCCGCAGUGGUCAGAUCAAGGGAUUAAUGCGAAGCUGGUGGAGAGUUUGUGGGGAUGUGGAGUGAGGAGUGAGGUUGAUGGUGAUGGUGUUGUUAAAGGAGAAGAGCUUGUGAGGUGUUUGGAGUUGGUGAUGGGGGAUGGAGAGAAGGGUGUUGAGAUUAGAAGAAAGGCUAAGAUGUGGAAAGAUGAGGCUUUGGUAGCUGGGAGUGAAGGUGGAUCCUCUUAUCUUAAUUUCAGGGCUUUUGUUCGGAAGAUUUCUGAUUGAAUAAUUUUGUCCUUUUUCUUUGUAUGUGAUAGAAGAAUUUGGAGAGCUAUUUGAGUUGUCUUCUUGGGUUCAGCUUGAGACAUGACUCAGAUAUGGAUGAUUAUAUAAUAAAGAAUUAUAACAUCUUGUAGUGUGUAUGUGUUGAGGAUAUGAUUGAAGAUAGGCCGCAGCCAAGAGGCAUGGAGGUGCAAGGGUAGCGAUCGUCACAAGAAUGGUGAAGGAUUGGCUGCAAGGGGUUUGCAGGCAAUGGAGUGGUGAGAAUGGAAGUAGGAACCUUACAAGUAUGGUACUGUAUCUGACUGGAGUGGUGAAGUAUGGUGCUGUUGAGAAGCUGGGUUAGAUCGUUCAUGGGUGUUGUAAUUAAGGUGGUGGUGUUUUGUGAAAGAAAAUAUUAUUAUAUUGUUAUAAUCUCUUGUAUUUUGUACUAGACCGAUGCUGGAGCAGGAUAGGGGUUGGUUGGGACCAAUGGGGUGUAUGUUUGUGUUAAUGUUUUUAAAAGUGGAUAGUUAACCGGUC